CUAUUACCUCUUAGGGUUGUUGCAGGAUAUCGAUCCAUGUCUUUUUCAGGUGUAAAAUGUAAAAAAAAAUAAUAAUUAUUUAAAAAAAAUUUCUAAAUUCUCUGUGUAAUAAAACAACCCUCUUUUUGAUCUAAUAGUUUAUUAAGGUCUCUAGGAAUGAUCAUCGAGCUGUUGCAAUAUCUUUUACUUCAGAAGGCAUCAUGUUUCUUCUACAUGAAAGUGGGGGAGACAACUGGUUCAAGCGGCUAUCCGAAGAGAGCAAAUACAGAAUCUUUGCAUGAAAUAUUUUUAAAGCAUGCUAGCGUAAAUGUAAAUGGUGAAUGGUAUAUGAAUGGCAGUGAUUUCAUUCGUGGUUUUUUGGGUCUAUUUUCAAAUGAAAAUUUCAAUGAAUCCUCUGUACGACUCCUUGCGGGCAUUGUCGACACGAGUAAGGAUGGACUUAUAUCAUUUGCUGAAUUUCAAGCAUUCGAGGGACUGUUAUGCAUUCCAGAUGCUUUGUAUAGAACGGCUUUCCAGCUGUUUGACACUAAAGGAAAAGGGGUGAUAACAUUCAAUGAAUUCUCGGAUGUGAUACAGAACACUGAGCUGAACCAGAGGUUGCCUUUCGAUAUGGAUAACGAUUUCAUCAAGCUCUAUUUUGGAAAAGAAAAGAAACGGUCUAUGAGCUAUGCAGAAUUCAGUCAGUUUCUUCACGACUUCCAUGAAGAAUGUGGAACACAAGCAUUUAAGAGAUUUGAUAAGGAUGGCACUGGAUUCAUUUCCGUGCUUGAUUUUCAAGAUAUUAUGAUCAGUAUAAAAGACCAUCUCCUAACCAAGCAAGUCCAAGAUAACUUAGUUGGGGUUGCGGCAGGUGGCGAAGGUGGAUCUAGAGUGAGUUUUCCAUUCUUCAUGGCUUUUAAUUCUCUUCUUAGUAACAUGGAACUUGUUAAGCGUGUGUACCUUAACGCUUCAAAUGGUUCCCAUACUCAGGAACUUACUAAGGAUGAAUUUCUGUACCAAGCUCAAAUGAUGUCACAGAUCACACCUUUGGAAAUUGACAUUUUAUUUCACUUAUGCCAUUUGAUUAAUCAGAGAGGGAAGGUAGUGUAUAGCGAUCUGCAGGCCAUUGCUCCUGAGCAGUAUCAUAAACAAAUACACAACAGGCUUACUGAAAUACAUGCUGUUUCGAGUCCUGAUGAUAGAGGUGUUUUUAUUUCAGUAUUAGAAAACGUCUAUAGGUUUAGUUUGGGUGCCAUAGCUGGAGCAACUGGAGCUGCCGCUGUAUAUCCUAUUGAUUUAGUGAAAACUAGAAUGCAAAAUCAGAGGAUCGGUUCAUUUAUUGGUGAAGUAAUGUACAAAAACAGCAUUGAUUGUUUCCGAAAGGUUGUCAGGCACGAAGGUGUUGUCGGGCUUUAUAGAGGUUUAAUACCUCAAUUGAUGGGAGUCGCUCCUGAAAAAGCUUUGAAGCUCACUGCAAACGAUUUCGUGCGAGAUCAUCUCAUGGAUAAAAAUGGAAAUAUAGCUCUCUGGGGUGAAGUUUUGGCAGGUGGUUGUGGAGGUUGUGCUCAGGUUAUAUUUACCAAUCCAUUGGAAAUUGUAAAAAUACGACUUCAAGUGGCAGGUGAAAUAGCAUCGCAGGCUAAAGUUAGUGCCCUUGCUGUUAUCAAAGAGUUGGGGUUUUUCGGACUUUAUAAGGGUGCUAGAUCAUGUUUCCUACGAGAUAUUUGUUUCUCAGCAAUAUACUUCCCGACUUAUGCUCACGUGAAAGCAGCGUUGGCUGACGAAAAUGGAUAUAAUCAGCCUUAUACACUGUUUUUGUCUGGAGUUUGUGCUGGUGUUCCUGCAGCUUCACUUGUCACGCCUGCAGAUGUAGUUAAAACUAGAUUACAGGUUGUCGCAAGGGAAGGACAGACUUCUUACAAUGGUAUGGCGGAUGCUUUUAGAAAGAUCUAUAGGGAAGAAGGAUUUAGAGCAUUUUGGAAAGGAGCUGGAGCUAGAGUUGUGAGGUCAUCCCCCCAGUUUGGUUUCACUUUAAUAACUUACGAGUUACUUCAAAGGUAUCUUUACAUCGAUUUUGGUGGCACGAGGCCAGCAGGUUCGGAAGUAGUCGUCUCUGCUCCUAGCGAGAAAAAGAUCAUACCUCACAAUCCUGAACACAUUGGAGGGUACCAAGCCGCAAUACCAAUUUUAACUGGGAUUGAAACCAAAUUUGGCCUAACGCUGCCAAAAUUCAGUAUGGCUACCAUUACUCCAAAGAACAAUCAAUAAAGUUUUAUUACCAGUGAAAAUUGUUACGUGUAUAAUCUCUUUUUUAAUGCAACGCUGCAUUCAAAAUCUCAUCAAAUAUUUUCAUCACGAUGCAUAUUUUUUACUCUUUCUAGCAUACAAUUUAAAAUGGCCUUUAAAAUUUAGAAACUU